AUGGAGCUCGUAAUCCUUGUUUUUUCCUCCGGAAGAAGUUUUGGAUUCAUAUUUGGAGAUGAGAUUGUGACAUUAAUGGGGAAAGGGAGGCCAAGGGCUGUGGAAAAGGGUGUUUUAGGGCCAAGUACUGGUGUAUUAUCCGACGGUUCAUUGAAUAUACCGUCAGGGCCAGUUUAUUAUCCAACUGAGGAUGAAUUUAAGGACCCUUUAGAGUUUAUUGAUAAGAUCAGGCCAGAGGCUGAGAAAUAUGGGAUUUGUAAGAUUGUUCCCCCACAGAGUUGGAAGCCUCCUUUUGCUCUGGAUGUAGACUCAUUCACUUUUCCGACCAAAACGCAAGCAAUUCAUCAAUUACAGGCAAGGUGCCCUCCUUGCGAUCCAAAGACUUUCAGGUUGGAGUACAUUAGGUUUUUGGAGGACCAUUGUGGCAAGAAGGCGCCGAAAAGGGUUGUUUUUGAAGGGCAGGAUUUGGAUUUGUGUAAAUUGUUUAAUGCUGUGAAAAGAUAUGGAGGGUAUGAUAACGUUGUGAAGAAUAAGAAGUGGGGGGAUGUUUUCCGGUUUGUGCGCCCGAGUCAGAAAAUGUCAGAGUGCGCAAAGCAUGUAUUAAGUCAGUUGUACAUAGAGCAUUUAUGUGACUAUGAAGAGUAUUAUAAUAAGAUUAGUAAAGGAAAAUAUAAGGCAUGUAAGAGAGGAAUUCAACGGAGGAAAAAUUGUGGUGGAGGAGUUGAAUUCUCGAGUAGCAAGCGAAGGCGAAAGAAUAAGGAGGGUGACAAGGUUGAAGUUGGCAAACUAAAGGAAGAAGUACACGAUCAAAUCUGUGAACAGUGCAGCAGUGGGUUGCAUGGAGAAGUGAUGCUUUUGUGCGAUAGAUGUAACAAGGGUUGGCAUAUGCAUUGCUUAUCGCCACCUUUAAAGCAAGUUCCAGUGGGUAAUUGGUACUGCUUAGAUUGCGUGAAUUCUGAAAAGGAUAGCUUUGGUUUUGUCCCUGGUAAAGAGUUUUCUUUGGAAGCUUUUAGGCGUGUGGCUGAGAGGGCCAAGAAGAAAUGGUUUGGAUCAACUGUUACCUCACGGGUGCAAUUGGAGAAGAAAUUCUGGGAAAUUGUAGAGGGAUCAGUUGGUGAGGUUGAAGUUAUGUAUGGCAGUGACUUGGAUACUUCGGUUUAUGGGAGUGGAUUCCCCCGUGUGAAAGACCAAAGGCCAUCAUCUGUUGAGGUUGAUGUGUGGGAUGAGUACUGUGCGAGCCCAUGGAAUUUAAAUAACCUACCCAAACUACCAGGUUCAAUGCUUAGAGCAGUACAUCAUGGGAUUGCUGGUGUGAUGGUGCCCUGGCUGUAUAUUGGGAUGCUAUUCUCAUCAUUCUGCUGGCAUUUUGAAGACCACUGCUUCUACUCAAUGAAUUAUCAUCACUGGGGAGAGCCCAAAUGUUGGUAUAGUGUUCCGGGAAGCGAAGCUGAUGCUUUUGAAAAGGUUAUGCGAAACAGUCUUCCUGAUCUCUUUGAUGCGCAACCAGAUCUCCUUUUCCAGCUUGUUACCAUGCUGAAUCCUAGUGUCUUGCAAGAUAGUGGUGUUCCUGUUUACAGUCUUCUGCAGGAGCCUGGUAAUUUCAUUGUUACCUUCCCAAGGUCUUACCAUGGAGGCUUCAACCUGGGAUUAAAUUGUGCCGAAGCCGUUAAUUUUGCUCCUGCUGAUUGGCUGCCUCAUGGUGGUUUUGGGGCUGAGCUCUACCAACUUUACCAUAAACCUGCUGUUUUGUCCCAUGAGGAACUUCUCUGUGUUGUAGCAAAGAGCGACUUUCAUGAGAAAGCAUCGAUGUACUUGAGAAUGGAAUUACUCAGGAUAUAUGAGAAGGAGAAGACUUGGAGGGAACGGCUUUGGAAAAAUGGAACAGUUUUUUCUUCUCCCAUGCAGGCCCGGAAGUCUCCUGAACAUGUUGGUAGUGAAGAGGAUCCUACAUGCAUCAUAUGCCAGCAACUGCUUUAUCUGGCUGCAGUUGUUUGCCGCUGUAGACCAUCGUCUCAUGUUUGUUUGGAGCACUCGGAACACCUUUGCGAAUGUAAGCCUUACAAGCACCGGCUCCUUUAUCGCCAUACUCUAGCAGAGUUGGAAGAUUUAGUGCUGAGGACUGGCAAAAUUCGUCCAGGGGACCAAGUAAAUGAGUUACAGGGCCAACGCUCUUGUUUUAAGGAUUCUGUUCCUUUGUCGAAGAAGGUUAAAGGUGGCGUCAAAACACAUGCAAAGCUUGCUGAAGACUGGGUGUUGAAUUUUAACAAGAUUUUUGAGAAGCCAUAUUCUCGUGAUUCUUUUGCAAGUGCCUUAAAAGAAGCUCAGCAAUUUCUUUGGGCUGGUUCUGAAAUGGACCCUGUACGGAAUGCAGUAAAGAAGUUAAUUCAAUCUCAGAACUGGGCGGAAGCUGUUAGAAGUAGUGUUUCUAAACUAGAAUCAUGGUCACGGGAUCCACAGGAUGAAACGGGGCGUGUGCAUAUGGAUCAUGUUGAUGAGCUGCUGUCUCAAGACCCUGUACCUUGCAACGAGCCUUGCCAUCUAAAGCUCAAGGAGUACCAAAAAAAGGGUAAACUACUGAUUUCGGAAAUUGAGGAAGCUCUUCUGGUUACUUCCACGGUUUCGAUAGCUGAUUGGGAAAGCCUGUAUGCCAAGUCUCGUUCUUCACCUAUCUAUGUCAAAGAGAGUGAGAAAUUAUUCCAGAAGUUGACUAAAGUAAAGGUUUGGGUUGAAAAUGUCAGAAAAUGCACAAAUAAGAAGUCUGAUGUUAGUGUUGAAGCAGAUGUCCUCUACAGGUUGCAGGCUGAGUUAUUGGAACUUGAAGUUCAACUCCCUGAAGGUGAACUCCUGUUGGACUUGAUAAGCCAAGUCGAAUCUUGCCGUUCUCGGUGCUGUGAGCUGUUGAAAGAUUCUAUUUGUCUACAGAAACUUCAACUGCAUAUUCGUGAAUACAAUCGUUUUACUGUUGACGUACCGGAGCUAAAGCUUUUAAGAGAACAUUAUCAUGAUGCUAUAUCAUGGAAAUCACGUGUGAAUCACAUAUUAGCAAACAUCAAUUGCCGCGAGGAUCAGGAAAAUGUUGUUAAUGAGUUAACUUCCAUUCAGAGUGAUGGGCUGUCACUAAAAGUUGAAGUGGAAGAGUUGCCUCAUAUUGGCAUUGAGUUAAAAAAGGCUUGUUGCAGGGUAAAAGGUCUUAAGGCACUUGAAUCCAAAAUGACUUUGGAUUUCCUUGAGCAAUUAAUAGCGGAGGCCAAUGUGCUGCAGAUUGAAAAGGAGAAGCUGUUUGUUGAUAUUUCUGAAGCACUUGCCGUUGCUAUGGUUUGGGAAGAAAGAGCACAGGAAGUUCUUAGUAAUGAGGCGAAGAUGUCUGAAUUUGAGGAUAUUUUGAGGACUUCUGAGGAGAUAAUUGUCUGUCUACCUUCUCUUAAUGACGUGACAAAUGCUUUUUCAAUGGCCAACACCUGGUUGAGCAAGACCAGACCAUUUCUCUUUCCUGACUUUUCUGUGUCACCUGUCUCAACUUCUUUGCUAAAGCUUGACACCUUAAAGGAGUUGGUUUCAGAAUCGAAGUUGCUGAAGAUAUGCUUGAGAGAGCGUGGAAUGCUUCAAAGAGUACUAGAAAACUAUACUAAGUGGGAGGCAAAUGCCAAUUCUUUCCUUGAUGAUACAGUUAGUCUGUUGGAUGAUAAUGUUGGACUUUCCACUGAAUGUUUAGUUUUGAAAAUCAAGCAUCAACUCUCAUCAUUAGAAUCCAUUGUAGAAGCUGGUCUCUCGUUCCGCCUUGAGUUUGCUCUGAUCUCAAAGCUGCAAGAUGCAUGUUCUACUCUCAGAUGGUGCUUUAAAGCCCUUGCUUUCUGUGAUUUGAUUCCCACUUUCCAGGAAGUUGAGGCAAGUUUGAAACUUUCCAGCCAACUGCCUGGUACCUACGCAUCCUGUAUAUUACCGACCACUCUACUUGAAGGAAUGAAAUGGCUAAAUGAAGCCCUAAAGGUUCUCCCCCCGUGCAGCGAUCGUCAGAUCAAGUUGAUUGAUGCUGAUAAAAUUCUUGAAAUGUCUCAGAAGCUUUGUAUUUCAUUCCCUCUCAUGGCUGGUCAAGUUCAGAUAGCUAUCGAGAAACACAACUUGUGGCUGGAGCAAGUGGCUCUGUUUUUCAAGCUUAAUCACGAUGAGCGAUCAUGGGCUAAAUUGCUUCAUUUGAAGGAAAUUGGUGUCAACACUGCCUUCAAUUGCUCAGAACGAGACAUGGUUUUGUCUGAAGUACAAAAGGUGGAGCGAUGGAAGCAGAAUCUCAAUGACACUGUUGGAAUUUCUGCUGGAGAUGGAAUACUGCUAAAUACUGCUCUUUUAGAGAUAAAGGACAGUUUGGACAGAUCCUUGGCCAUUUAUGACAAGUCAAAAAGCUGCAGAACAGAGCCAUCAUUAUGUGUUUCCUGUUCCAUGGGAAUUGAUGAUCAGAAGCUUGCAAUUUGCAAUAUCUGCAAAGACUGUUUUCAUUUGCAGUGCAUUGGAGCAGCAAUUGAAGAUGCUAAUUGUGGUACCACGACUGUUUGUCACUAUUGUAACUUCAUAAGGAGCGGAAAGAUCUCUGGAUACAAAUGUGGUGUCACGAAAACCAGGCCGAAAAUCCCUGAUCUCAAUAAGCUCAAGGUGCUAUUAUCGGAUGCUGAGCGUCUUUGCUUAUGGAUUGAAGAAAGGAGCAUACUCCACCAGAUUGUGGAGAAAGCUGUCAAAUGCAGUGCUUGCUUUAUGGAAAUAGUUGAUCUUGCUCUGUCUUAUCAGGGCAGUGAUCUCUGGGCAGUUGCUGGAAAAGUUGUCACCGCAUUGAAGGCAACGAAUACGGCAGAAGUACAUGAUGCUCUCGGGGACAGCAAAUUUGAGCUUGUUUUAGCCAGAAAUUCGUGGAAAGUUAGAGCUCAGAAGCUGUUGCAGAGUUCACAAAAGCCCACUAUGCAACAAGUUCAGAGACAUGUGAAGGAGUGUCAGGUGAUAUGCAUUCCUCCCGAUGAUUACUUCAGACUGAAACUGACAGAAGCUAGACAUAUUGGCUUGCAAUGGGCUGAUACAGCCAAAAAGGUCUCAAUCGAUGGAGGAGCACUGGCACUUGACAAAGUGUUUGAACUAAUAGAAGAGGGUGAAAAUCUGCCUUUGGUUUGCGAAAAGGAACUCAAGAUGUUGGGGGAUCGAAGUAUGCUGUACUGCAUAUGUCGUAGACCUUAUGAUCAAAGACCAAUGAUUGCCUGUGAUAACUGCGAUGAAUGGUAUCACUUUGAUUGUAUCAAGCUAUCCUCUCCACCAAAGGUUUAUAUUUGUCCAGCUUGUGACUCGCAUGCCGGCCAAGAUCUGUUAUCAAUGCCAAGGGCACAAGAGAGAUCGACUAGUGCCAAAGUCCAGGAGCCCCAAACGCCAUCUCCAAGGCGCUCGGAUUUGAGAAAAAGAUCGAGAACAUCCAAAUCUGUGAAGAGAAAAGGAGAUGUGGUGGUAAGAGUGGAUGGUUCAAGCCAUCCUAGGGAUAUGGAAAGAUUACUGUGGAGAAAUCGGAAGCCUUUCAGAAGACUAGCAAGGAAACGUGCCAAUUUUGAAAGCCUGACUCCAUUCUUUUAUGUACGAGUAGAUGAUAGUCAAUAA